AUGUUACAACCACGGUUACCUCUGCGGAGGAUAUGUUGUCAAUGUCAGAGUUUUGGCAAUGUUGUGCGAAAGGGAUAUGCUACUCGAGUCGCCGAACCUGUUACUACGAGUCGAUCUACGGAGACAGCAACUCCUGGUCUAGCCUCAACGUCGCAGGACAACAAGCUUGCACAAAGUAAAGGAGAUUCAGCGCUACGGAGAUACAUUCCAAGGACGCCUGGUACACGGCAUUUGAUACGGCCACGAGCUGAUCAUCUAUGGAAAGGCAGACCUAUCAAGAGCUUGACCUACCCUAAGACAGGCCACGCCCGAGGUGGACGAAACAGAACUGGUAGAAUUACUGUCCGUCACAGAGGAGGAGGUCACAAGCGUAGGAUUCGGACCGUCGAUUUUGCACGUACCGAGCCAGGAGAGCAGUUUGUCGAACGGAUCGAACGCGAUCCUAACCGAAGCGCUCACAUCGCCCUGCUACGCAAUGUCAAGACCAAGAAGCUUUCCUACAUUCUGGCGGCCGAGGGCAUGCGAGCUGGUGAUAUCGUAACCUCAUACAGAGCAGGUAUUCCAGAAGAGCUGAUUGAAAGUAUGGGAGGUUCCGUCGACAUGGGUUUGCUUGCAUCGAGAACUGCCUAUCGAGGAAACUGUCUUCCGUUGGGCAUGAUUCCUGUAGGAACACCGAUCUUCAAUAUUGCGCCCGACAAAGAAUCGUACGGAAAGUUUGCAAGAAGCGCUGGUACACAUGGUAUCAUUAUGGGCAAGGGUGAAGACACUGUGCAGAAAGAGAUGGUCAAAGCUCUAGGAGACGCCAGCGCGCUUGACCUUCAAGCGCUGCCUCCUGAUAUGCUGAGAAGAUUUGAGAAGGCAAAAGAUUAUGUCACUGUCAAACUCACAAGUGGUGAAAUACGCUUGAUCGACAAGGACGCAGUAGCAACCAUAGGUAUCGCGAGCAAUAUUCACUUCAAAGAUACUUCGCUAGGAAAAGCUGGGCGAAAGAGAUGGCUGGGUAUUCGGCCUACUACUCGAGGUACUGCCAUGAAUACCAAUGACCAUCCUCAUGGUGGUGGUAGAGGUAAAUCAAAGGGUAACAAGACUCCAAUGAGUCCUUGGGGUGUACCGACAAAAUCCGGAUACAAGACUCGGCGCAAGGAGAAGAAUCCACUUGUCGUGCAAGAACAUCCGCGCAACUAUGGCAAGAGGAGAAGAGGUUAUGCCUAG